AAUUAACUUGGCUCACCAAAAAAACUGACUGUGAGCAUUCUCAUUGUUUAGUACUAGGUAAUGCUUAUCUUCUGUGGAGACUGCUAUAAACCUCCACAUCUUAAGGAUCCAUGCAUGUAGAUGAGAGAACUGGAAACUGCUGUUGCAGCUCCUCGCCAUUCUCCAACAAACCUUUGCAUGCGGCUUGCAGUCAGCGUAGUCAACUAAAAUUAUUUUCACCAUCACUAUUUUUUAUUGCUGAAUCAAGAGGCUACAACUGGAGUGCUCGAUGAAGUCUGCGUCAUUAGCACAACUCUAAAAAUACAAUAACAACGCAUGCUUUUGCACAGGUACCACAAUUCCACCUCAAGGAAAUAUGCGUUGACUCCUGUGUGCUGACUGGCAACUCCACUGGGAUCGAUACUGCCAUAACGCGCAGGUCAGGCGGGCUCAAAUGAGAGUUUAAUUGUAAUCCGGAGAUCUUUAGUAGAAGGCUAUCUGCGUGGGUGUAAAAAACCAAGCCCCCUGCUCUCUCACUCGCUAGCGAGCAAAGAAACCCCCCCUUUUAUCGCCCAGAGAUUGGAUGCAGAGGCCUCGCGUAUUCACCGCUCUAGCUCUCAAGUCCUUGGUGUUGAAAGUCCCAUGUCAUCCGCCAGAAUGGGAGAGAAAAGAAGAUAUAUUGUGCCUCUCCUCGUUUAAAACAAUUCACUGGUGGCCAUUUGGGGCUUGCCCGUCGUUCGAGCUCAUUACGUUUCAAGGCACUGGAAUUCUACAAAUGGAGCUGAUGAAAGCGCACCUUCACAGAGAUAGCGGGAGAAAAUAGGCCAUUUUUGGAGGGUGGUGCCUCCAGAAUUGGGGCAAAAGUUGAAGUGGCAACACAUUUCGAAAAAAACGGCCUUAUUUUUAUAUGAAAGGUUAGAGUAAUCGAAUUAGUUCUAAACGAUAGAGUUUUGACGUAUGCGUGUCACGUGAGCGGAUCAUUCAGAGUAUUAUUUUGGAUUUGGUGAGGGGCCUUCUGGACUCACUGACUGUGGUUCUCUCAGGCUCUUACUCUGCUGUUCCCAACCGCCUGGUAAUUAGACAGCAAAUGGGAUAAGGUUGGCGUUUCGCUGACUUCCAGAAGGCACCAUGCAGGCUCUUUGAAAGCCUGGGACGACAGGGCCGGGAUUAAUUCAUAAAUAUAAGACAUUACAAGGGGAUUCCAAAGUACUUCCGUUGAUUGAUCAUUAAUCUGUUCCUACCUAUAAUCUGGAAGCUGCAUUCUCGCAUAAAAGCAAGUGGUGAUAAAGGACAUUAUAUCGGUCAGCUUCCAAGAGGCCGUUGGAAAGAGACCGUCACGUGACACCUGGUGCCAAUGUUCUUCCAGAAGGUCGUCAGGACCCUGGUAGCCGGUAACACGACUUUUGGAAAUGCAGAAAACGACCUACUACGACAACUCGACGCUUUAUGGAGGUUAUUCGUAUCAAGGGGCCAAUGGCUUCGGCUAUGAUGCCCCUCAACCGGCCUUCCAGUCCUCAGCGCACCUCGAUGGCGACUAUCAGAGGUCUGCCUGCUCGCUGCAGUCUCUUGGCAACAACGCCAAUCAGCAGCACACCAAGACGAAGGAGCUAAACGGGAGCUGCAUGCGCCCCAGUCUACCACCUGAGCACCACCCGCCCCCCCAGGUCUCCCCUCCCCAGAACCCCGUCAACUCUUCCACCUCUUCCACAGCGCAGCAGCCGGGCAGCAGUGGAGGCAACGGUGGGGGAGCAGCUAAAAGCACCCCCAAGUCGUCCUCUCUGCCCCCGAAUCCAACCAUCAGCAAGCAGAUAUUCCCGUGGAUGAAAGAGUCGAGGCAGAACACCAAGCAAAAAAACAGCUCUCCCAGUGCAAGUUCAGCUAACGAGAGCAGUGGCGGUGAAAAAAGCCCCCCGGGUUCGGCCGCCUCCAAGAGAGCGCGCACCGCGUACACGAGCGCACAGCUUGUGGAGCUGGAGAAGGAGUUCCACUUCAACCGCUACCUAUGCCGACCACGCCGCGUGGAGAUGGCAAACCUGCUUAACCUCAGUGAGCGGCAGAUCAAAAUUUGGUUCCAGAACCGGCGUAUGAAGUACAAAAAAGAUCAGAAAUCGAAAGGCAUGGGCUCUUCCUCUGGUGGACCGUCCCCCACCGGAAGCCCACCCCUCCCCAUGCAGUCCUCUGCAGGCUUCAUGAACUCCAUGCACUCAAUGGCAGGCAGCUAUGACGCCCCCUCUCCGCCAUCUUUCAAUAAGCCCCAUCAAAACGCAUAUGCCAUGUCUUCAGCCUACCAAAACCCCAUGAAAAGCUGCCCCUCGCAACAAAAAUAUGGCAACACAGCGCCAGAGUACGACCCGCACGGGCUACAGGGUAACAGCAGCUACGGAACUCCCAACAUGCAGGGCAGUCCUGUGUACGUUGGAGGGAACUACGUAGAUGGGAUGCCCACCACCGGGCCAUCCAUGUACGGUCUCAAUCACCUGCCACACCACCAGUCGGGCAACAUGGACUACAACGGUGCUACGCAGAUGUCAGCGAACCAGCAUCAUGGACCGUGUGACCCCCAUCCAACAUACACGGAUCUGUCAGCUCACCAUCCUUCUCAGGGUAGAAUCCAGGAAGCACCCAAGUUAACGCAUCUGUAGCAGGUUUGGAAUAAGUGAAUAGAAUAAAAAAAAAAAACACUAACCCAUGGGACGAUGCAAUGGGGUUGAAAAAGAUGAUCCAGUGGUUUCUUGCGUGUUCAUAGACCGUUGUAUUGAUGUUGUCUCUCCAUCAAGUGUAAGACCAUUUGUCAUAAUAGUUUACAUUAGUGUUUAUUUCACACAGAUCUCCCUUUUCUACGGCGUGCCCAGUGAGGAAUUGAUGACUAUAAUUAUUAGGUGAUAUAAUGGAUGUGUUGUACGGAAAAUUAACUACCGUGUGACCUCUUGUGACUCCCGUUGCAUCACCGUAACUAUUUGUGUACCUCGUCAGCAUUAAAACCAAUGCUGACGUCAUGGCUGUCCAGCAUAGUCUAUGGAUAACUCCCCCAGUAUGCGGAGCUAAGAACGCAGUAUGCUACAUGGAAUUGGUGCAAGUAAACCACUGGAUUGUUUUGGUUCUCUUCCCUUUAUUUCACAUUACCUCUCUUUUCAAACGUCUCACUAACAUGUUAUUUUUUGAAUCGGUUCUGGUCAAAUAACAAAAUCACCAAGCGACUGUUUGCUGCUCGCUUAGGAAAACAAAGUAGUGUACCUCCCUUUUGUACUGGGUUAUAGGGUUACUUAUUAUGCUGUCCUAUAAAAGUUGUGCUACCAACUUCCAUGGGCAAUGCACCGAAAAGAUAUUGUUAUUUGUUGUGUCAUCGGAACAGGGUAAAAAAAAAAAAGAGUUGAGAAAUUAUGUAGUACACAGGCAUACCCCCCCACCCCCACCCCUCUUCCUCUCAACUCGGUGUAACCCCUCCCUCCCCCAACCACCCCCUCCAAUCUUUAGGGUUCACUUACAUUAGCCACCACUAAUGCGAAAAGCCCACAUUUUCUCAUGUCUUGACUUAACGUGGAAACAGGGUAUAUUUGAACAAAAUGCAUGUCCAGGAAAGCAGAGAGCGGUAGACGGCUCAGUUUACGCUAAUGCUCUCUUGGCUGGGCAUCAUUGUUGCACUUAGAGUUUACAUUUUGAUGGGUAAGGAAAAAUAAAUCUUAUUUUGAAAUGGAAGACCUCCAAUCAGCGUCUUUCGGUAUGUGUGUUCAAGUGAACAUUCAUAAAUAUAUAUUUAUUUGUUAUAGCCAGUUUAAAUACAUUCUUUUUCUAUUAUUUAUCCCCCCAUGUAUUUAUAUCAAGAAAAAAAUGUACUUUUUUAGUAUUUACCUGUUAUAAAGACGUUGUGUUCUUGUCAUUGUAACAAAUUAAUUUUUAGUUGUUGUAUUUUAGAGACAAGUAGUUUAUGUUACCCUUGUACAUAAAUUAUGUCUUGACUUGUACAGGGGGCGAGGAAGCGGAAUCAAACCGUUCCUGCAUAGUCGAGAAUUAGACGAAGUAUAGAACACUUUUUUGAGAACUUCUUUUGUCCUUUGUAGCUACUUUUCUUUUUCUUGGUAAGAGUUGUCUGUUGAGCAAUUCUUUAAUAAAAUGUUAUGUUAUUCA